CAACUGCUGCUGGGCUCGAGAAGCUCUGACGUCGGAGCCAGCAGCAUCCGCGGCACCAGCGGCACCGAGCACCACCCCGAGCGAAAUUCGCUCUCCGCGGCAGAAACCACCACCCACCACGAUGCGCGCGACGCUCCGCCUCCUCGCCGCCGCGCGGCCGGCGGCGCGGUAUCUCGAAGCGGGCGCUCCGACGGGCCUGACGGGGCUUGCCACGCACGCCUCGCCGCGCUCGACGCUGCUCUAUCUCUAUGCGUCGACGCUCGAGAAGCUGAAGGCCGUGCCCGAGCACUCGCUCUACCGCCAGUCGGUCGAGGCGCUCACCCAGCACCGCAUGGCGCUCGUCGAGGAGGUCGUCCCGCCGGGCUACGACGAGUGGCACGAGCGCGCCAAGAAGCUGCUCGACGAGCACCCGGACCAGUUCACCGUCGCGUCCGGCACCAGCGUCAAAGGCGCCGCCGCCUUCAAGGUUGAGCGCAACGGCGAAACGUUCGUCGUGCGCCACAUCCCCCCGGAGGAGGACAUGCGGUACCAGGAGUGGGACGGCGAGCUCGACGAGGGCCCCGUGCGCGAGGACAGCAGGACGGCCGAGGAGAAGGAAUACCUGCAGCGCAUGUCCGAGAGGCGAGACCCGGCCGACGUCGAGCGUGCGGAGUCGGACCCGGAGCUGCAGUUGACGGCCGAGGAGAAGGAAUACCUGCAGCACAUGCCCAAGAGGCCAGACCCGGCCGACGUCGAGCAUGUGGAGUUGGAGCCGGAGCCGCAGUUGACGGCCGACCAGAUGUCGGAGCUCGAGAACAAGAUUGGCGCCGGCCUGAUCGAGGAGGUGAUCCAGGUGGCCGAGGGCGAGCUCCGCCUGGUGGACACUAUGAUUCAGUCUAAGGUCUGGGAGCCGCUGGAGGAGCAGCCGGCUGAAGGGCAAUGGGUCUACUUUGAGCGGAAGCCGUAAAGACGACUCAUGCUUGGGGUGUCCCACGACGGAGGAAUUGUACAUAAAUAGACUGCGGGUACAAACACGUCUGGUUGGUCAAUUGGUCCUCAUUAAACUGCCGUCUCUUCUGGCCCCUGAGUCGUUGAAGGAGAGAAUUCGCGGAAGAGGCCUGGAAAACGGAGAUGAGAGAGAGCUGCGAUGGCAAGUUGCUGGAGGGUGAGCGGUCAUGCCGAGAUAGACGGUGCUAAGCAGCCAGCAAAUUGUUUUUGGAUAUAUGCUCUGAAGGUGUGUCGUAGCUGAAGGCCGUUUCCGUGCAUUAUCCUUUCUUGUAUCAUGGGCGGAUUAUUUGUCUCUGCAACGGCUCUGUAUCAAGCACUUACACAUGGACCCCGUUGUAACAGCAGACCUCACCUUCAAAAUUUGUUACAUCAUCAAGGACUUCACCCUUCAACUUCAAGGUAUCGGAGCCCCCCAAAAACGGUUAUCUUGCCAACCAGCCCUACCAAUAGGAUGGAGAAUUUGC